CGCCGUUCAGUGGAUUUCUAGACGACGGACAGACCGCAUCUGAUCCGAGUCAUUCGCACAUGAGUCAUUCAACUCGCUGCGGGAAAGUGCCUCGCUAAUUCCGACGAUUUCCCAGCAUUGGUGCUACGUUGCACGCCGUUAGAUUGAGGAAAUUCGACAUAGGUGCGACGAUCUUCCAGAAAGUAUCGACAACGUACACGGAGCCCAGCGAGAGAGAGAUAGAGACAUCGCUGAUCUCACUGAUCCGAUCUGAUCUCACAGAGAGCGGAGGAGUAGGAAAACAAGUUUCGCGCAGCUUGCUCUCCAUUCAGGCGGCUCCCCAGGAAUUUCAGGCAUCUCGAACAUCAACGAAUCCGAGGAGCAUCAUCCGCCAUGGCGUCCACGUCGAGUGUGAAGCUGAUUGUUUACGCCCUGGACGUACUUUGCACACUGCUGGCCUUGGUGCUGAUAUCCUUCGGCAUCUAUGUGGCGGUGUCCUACAACCUAAACGAGAUCGGUGAGCUGACGGCCUACGCCUACGUGGGACUCGGGGCUGCUGCCCUGCUGGUUGUCCUUUGGGGAUACCUGUCCGCCUGGCGCGAGAACGUGUGCUGCACAGUGACGUUCAUUAUUUUCCUGUGCCUGGUCAUCAUUGCACAGUUCGCCGUCGUCUACUUGCUGAUCACCCAGGAGAAGACGGUGGCCUCCAACCUGGCCAAUGCCCUGGAGGCCACCUGGGAGGAGGAACUGAACAGCCCCGGCGCCAUGUCGCUGUACCAGAACUGGUUCCAGUGCUGCGGUCGUGGAAGUCCCCAGGAUUACAUCGUCAACGAACGACUGCCGCCGGAGACCUGUUUCCGAAACCACGACAAGAGCAAGCCGGAGAACCUGAUCCACACCGGCUGUCGGGUGGAAUUCGAGAACUACUGGCAGCACUUGACCAAGAUUUUUAACAUCCUGGUUCUGGUACUCAUUGGAUUUGAGCUCCUGCUGAGUGUCAUCUCUUGCCGCCUGUGCAACAGCAUUCGCAACGAUGCUCGACGCUCUUACUUUUAGACAGUGAAACCUGAAAAUACUCAACUACGAUUGGCAGUCGACUUGUUAAAUUUGUGAAGAAUAUUACACUAUUGAUUAAUUGGCUUGGCAGGUCUUGAGCGUUAUUCAAGGCUGGGGUAUGCUGUUACAUUUUCGAAAUUGAAACUCAUUUAAUCAGCACAGUGCAAUGAAAGGAUCCUUUUCACACGUUGAUUUCGGUGAAAUACGGAAGGCAACUCACAACUAAGAUUAAGAAAAGUACAAUAGAUUUAGUUUAUUUAUUUCAAGAUACUUUUAAAUAAAUUUAUCGAACCAAAGUCAAGCACCUAC